AUGGGUUCAUCGUUUUCGUUCUUGUUUUCUUGUGGAAACUCAGUGAUAGACCCGUCGCCGGAGCCAGGCCUCGGGGACUUGCCGGAGAUUUGCGUGGCGUCGAUUAUUGGGUGCCUUGAACCACCGGAGAUCUGUAGGCUUGCAACGUUGAAUCGGGCCUUCAGGGGGGCUUCUUCUGCUGAUUUUGUGUGGGAAUCUAAGUUGCCUUUGAAUUAUGGCUCUAUUGUGGAAAGGUUGUUUGAGAAUGACGGUGCGAAUUUUGAGGGUUCUUGCAAGGAUUCGUGUAAAAAGGAUGUUUAUUCCAGGCUUUGCAAAUCCAAUUCUUUUGAUGGUGGCUCUAAGAAAGUCUGGUUGGAUAAGAGUAAAGGAAAGAUUUGUAUGUCAAUAUCAUCAAAUGGAUUGGCAAUAACAGGGAUUGAUGACCGGAGAUACUGGAGUCGAAUUCCAACUGAAGAAUCGAGGUUUCACUCAGUUGCAUAUGUCCAACAAAUCUGGUGGUUUGAAGUAAAUGGGGAGGUUGAGUUCCCUUUCCCGGCAGGUUCUUAUAGCCUUUUCUUUAGACUGCACUUGGGACAAGCAUAUAAGAGGUUUGGUCGGCGGGUUUGCAAUGCUGAGAAGGUUCACGGUUGGGAUAAAAAGCCUGUCCGGUUCCAGCUUUCGACUUCCAAUGGUCAGCAAGCAACGACACAGUAUUACUUGAAGGAAGUGGGAAAAUGGAUUCACUAUCACGCUGGGGAUUUUGUUGUUGCAGAUUCUAGCAAAUCAACAUUAGUCAAAUUUUCGAUGACGCAAAUUGAUUGCACACACACUAAAGGUGGUCUUUGUGUAGAUUCCGUUGUUGUAUAUCCUAGCGAGUUUAAAGAGAGGUUACAGUGUUUUUAA